AUGUCUGGCAGAGGCAAGGGCGGGAAGGGGCUCGGCAAGGGAGGCGCCAAGCGCCACCGAAAGGUGCUGCGCGACAACAUCCAGGGCAUCACCAAGCCGGCCAUCCGCCGCCUGGCUCGGCGCGGCGGCGUGAAGCGCAUCUCGGGGCUCAUCUACGAGGAGACGCGCGGUGUGCUGAAGGUGUUCCUGGAGAACGUGAUCCGCGACGCCGUCACCUACACCGAGCACGCCAAGAGGAAGACGGUGACGGCCAUGGACGUGGUCUAUGCUCUCAAGCGCCAGGGACGCACCCUCUACGGCUUCGGCGGAAGAGGAAGUAUAGCAAUGGCGCGCACGAAGCAGACGGCGCGUAAGUCGACGGGCGGGAAGGCGCCCCGCAAGCAGCUGGCCACCAAGGCGGCCCGCAAGAGCGCGCCGGCCACGGGCGGCGUGAAGAAGCCGCACCGCUACCGGCCCGGCACGGUGGCGCUGCGCGAGAUCCGGCGCUACCAGAAGUCGACGGAGCUGCUGAUCCGCAAGCUGCCCUUCCAGCGCCUGGUGCGCGAGAUCGCGCAGGACUUCAAGACCGACCUGCGCUUCCAGAGCUCGGCCGUGAUGGCGCUGCAGGAGGCGAGCGAGGCCUACCUGGUGGGGCUCUUCGAGGACACCAACCUCUGCGCCAUCCACGCCAAGCGCGUCACCAUCAUGCCCAAGGACAUCCAGCUGGCCCGACGCAUCCGCGGCGAGCGCGCCUGAGGCUCCUGCCGUGCCAGCACCAAACCCAAAGGCUCUUUUAAGAGCCACCACGUGGCCACCAGAGAGAGCUGUGUCUCUUGGUUUUUUUGGAGCAGGCGUAGGCAGCGUGUGCCGAGCGCUCUUUUCCGUGCUCAAGGCAGCGCCGAUUCUGGGAUAACUGGGGAGGUUCGGGUCGCAGGCAGUGUGGGA